CAUCGCCUGCAAUCUAAUUCUGAUAGGUUUCCUUUGGUGGUGGGCAAAUUAGCACAGAAAAAUGGCUUCCUCUGUAACCAAUGCCGGUGAAUCCUUCAGUAGUCCAAACUGGGGUACCCAUUUUGUUGCUGUGGAGAGUGUGCAAGAACUUGCACAAAAGAAACCCAAUGACAUUCCAGAGAGAUACAUCAGAUCAGAAGAUGAGAGGCCAUCUUCAACACCACUUCCUUCUCUCUUGACAGUUCCUGUAAUCGACAUGGAAAAGCUUCUCUUGGCCUCUGACAACCAUGAAAGACAGAAGGAGAUGGACAUUCUUUCAAAGGCCUGCAUAGAGUGGGGCUUCUUUCAGGUUGUGAACCAUGGAAUUCCACAUUCUUUGAUAGAUCGCAUGAGAGGAGUGGCUAAUGAGUUCUUUGGUCUUUCCUUCGAAGAGAAGCAAAAGUAUGCUCCGCAACCGGGAGAUGCUCAAGGCUAUGGUAAUAUGUUUGUGGUUGAUGAAAAACAGAAGUUGGACUGGGGCGACUUGAUGGCUUUGGCACUUAUGCCUAAGAAACUUGUCAACCUAGCUCUGUGGCCAACCACGCCAUCGGACUACAGAAAUACAUUGGAGAGGUACAGUACUCAUGUGGAAAAGGUAGCUCAGAUUAUCUUGAGUUUAUUUGCUGAAAAUUUGCAAUUAAGGAGUGAUUAUUUCAAAGGCAAGUUUGGAGAAGAUUCAAUGAUGACUAUGAGAAUGAAUUUGUAUCCGCCUUGUCCUAGACCUGAUCUAGUGUUGGGGUUAAGCCCUCAUUCAGAUGGAAGUGCCAUAACACUUUUGCUUCAAGAUGACCAAGUAGAAGGCCUUCAUGUUCGCAAGAAUAAUGAAUGGAUUCCUAUUCAGCCUACUCCUUAUGCUCUUGUCAUAAACAUUGGUGACCUAAUAGAGGUAAUGACAAAUGGGAGGUACAAGAGCAUAGAACAUCGAGCAAUGACAAACAAGGAGAAAACAAGAUUAUCUAUUGCUACGUUUUACCACCCUAGCUUAGAUGAAGAAGUGGCCCCUGCAAAUAACCUUGUGGAUGAAAAAAACCCCUCCCUAUACAAGAAAUUCAAACAUCAAGAAUAUAUUCACUAUUACAUGAGUAAACAACUCAAUGGGAAAAAGUCACUCGCUGACUUUGCCAAAAUAUGUGAAUAGUAUUCAAGUUCACCAAUUAGUAUAGUAUGCAUCAUAUGAGUAAUAAGUCGAUUUGUAUGCCGCCCUACUUGGACUAGCUGUCAUUCCAUCGAUAUAUGCUAUAACUAAGAAAAAAACGAGUCUUGAGAUAGUUCCUUUAUAGUUUACUAAACAUAAUGUUGGAGGUAAGUUGUAGAAUUGAUGACUUUAUAU